GUUCCCAAUGUCACCCCCCCCCGUCACUGGUGACACGUUCCCGGUGUCACCCCCCCCCGUCACUGGUGACAAGGACCCGGCGGGUGGCACGGGCUCGGUGUCCCCCGCCCCGCGGGGCCCUGGGGACAGGGGCGGUGCCGGGGAGGUGACACCGUGCCAGGUGUCCCCACCCGGGGCCAUCUGCGCGCUCCUGAUAAGCGUUAUCGGCCCCUCCCCCACCGCAGCCGCCUCUGCCACCCCCGGGGGCCCCAGGGUCCCCCCAGUGCCACCGGUGUCCCCCCAGUGUCACCAGGGUCCCCUCAGUGUCACCAGUGUCCCCAGGGUCCCCCCAGUGUCACCAGUGUCCCAUCCCAGUGUCACCAGUGUCCCAUCCCAGUGUCACCAGUGUCCCAUCCCAGUGUCACCAGUGUCCCCUCAGUGUCACCAGGGUCCCCCCAGUGCCACCAGUGUCCCCUCAGUGUCACCAGUGUCCCCUCAGUGUCACCAGUGUCCCAUCCCAGUGCCACCAGUGUCCCAUCCCAGUGUCCCCAGGCUCCUGUCCCAGUCCCCCCAGUGCCACCGGUGUCCCCCCAGUGUCACCAGUGUCCCAUCCCAGUGUCACCAGGGUCCCCUCAGUGUCACCAGUGUCACCAGUGUCCCCCCAGUGUCACCAGUGUCCCCUCAGUGUCACCAGUGUCCCAUCCCAGUGUCACCAGUGUCCCAUCCCAGUGUCACCAGGGUCCCCUCAGUGUCACCAGUGUCACCAGUGUCCCCCCAGUGUCACCAGUGUCCCCUCAGUGUCACCAGUGUCCCAUCCCAGUGUCACCAGUGUCCCCUCAGUGUCACCAGUGUCCCAUCCCAGUGUCACCAGUGUCCCCAGGGUCCCCCCAGUGUCACCAGUGUCCCAUCCCAGUGCCACCAGUGUCUCCUCAGUGUCACCAGGGUCCCCCCAGUGCCACCGGUGUCCCCCCAGUGCCACCGGUGUCCCCUCAGUGUCACCAGUGUCCCCUCAGUGUCACCAGUGUCCCCCCAGUGUCACCAGUGUCCCAUCCCAGUGUCACCAGUGUCCCCUCAGUGUCACCAGUGUCCCAUCCCAGUGUCACCAGUGUCCCCUCAGUGUCACCAGUGUCCCAUCCCAGUGUCACCAGUGUCCCAUCCCAGUGUCACCAGUGUCCCCUCAGUGUCACCAGUGUCCCAUCCCAGUGUCACCAGUGUCCCAUCCCAGUGCCACCAGUGUCCCCUCAGUGUCACCAGUGUCCCAUCCCAGUGUCACCAGUGUCCCAUCCCAGUGUCACCAGUGUCCCCUCAGUGUCACCAGUGUCCCAUCCCAGUGUCACCAGUGUCCCAUCCCAGUGCCACCAGUGUCCCCUCAGUGUCACCAGUGUCCCAUCCCAGUGUCACCAGGGUCCCCCCAGUGUCCCCAGUGUCCCCUCAGUGUCACCAGUGUCCCAUCCCAGUGUCACCAGUGUCCCAUCCCAGUGUCACCAGGGUCCCCCCAGUGUCCCCAGUGUCCCCUCAGUGUCACCAGUGUCCCAUCCCAGUGUCACCAGGGUCCCCCCAGUGUCCCCAGUGUCCCAUCCCAUCCCUCCCAGUGUCCCCAGUGUCCCCAUUGCCCUCCCAGUUACCCCCCAAUGCCCCCACUACCCCUCCCAGUGCUCCCAGUUACCCCCCAGUGCCCCCCCAGUCCCUCCCAGUGCCCCCAUUACCUCUCCCAGUCCCUCCCAGUCCCUCCCAGUGCCCCCAUUACCUCUCCCAGUCCCUCCCAGUCCCUCCCAGUCCCUCCCAGUGCCCCCAUUACCCUCCCCAGUUACCCCCCCAGUGUCCCCAGUGCCCCUGUUACCCUUCCCAGUCCCUCCCAGUGCUCCCAGUUAGCCCCCAGUCCCUCCCAGUGCCCCCCAGUCCAUCCCAGUCCGUCCCAGUCCGUCCCAGUUGGGGCGUGGGGCCGGGCCCAGCGUUGUUUUUAUUGUCCAAAAUCAUUAAAAACCCAAAGCAGGAGAAAUUCCGCGUCCCGCCGGCCCCGCCCCCUCCCUCCGCGGCCCCUCCCCCGCGAUGA